UUCCGUUCCAUCAUGAUAUGUGCAGGACAGCUUCUGAUGCAUUUCAUUGCUCAGCCGGCGUCAAGCUGGGGCAGAACUCAAUUUUCUACAAUGAAUAUGCUCAUUUCGACUAUAUUCCCGUUCGUACUUCUCUCGUUUUGCAAAUUAUCAGACGGACAACCUCUGCCAUCUGAUCGCCGGAGAACGGUAGACGAUGCUCUCAUGGAGCAGAGGAUACUUUCGAAUAUCAGGCCUCUGGUGAUGCAACACUGUAGCAGCGAAGCUUCCGCUGACCAACUGUCGGAAAUCCAGGACCUGACCAAGCGUGUUACGGUAAUGGAGAAAUGGGUUUUGUCUCAAAGUAAUCAACGCAUAGACGACUGCAAUGCAACCUUCAACACUUCCGACCGGUACCGAGGUGUGUACGAGGAUCGAUGCUAUUACCUAGUUGGUAAUGGCGAGUCCUGGACCGAAGCUCAGGCUAGGUGUAAAAAACAUGGGACGAACCUCGUGACCGUCACAAACCAGAACCUCGAUUAUUUCCUCUCAGGGAUGUUAAGAUUUCGCGGUUUAUCUAAAUGGUGGAUAGGAGCCAGAAAGACGGGAGACACCUUCAGGUGGGUCACUGAUCGCACUAUCAUCGAUGACUACGACAAAAACUGGGACGGAGGUCAGCCCAGUCGUCGCGAUGGAUUUGAUUGUGUUUAUCGCCAUGGGGCAACAGAAAAAUGGCGUGAUAAUACCUGCACAACAGACGAAGCUGAAAUUACUUCUGUCUGCCAAAGUUAGUAUUGGUUAUAUCAUAAGAACCGGGCAAUAUGUCAGUUGUUGUACGUGAGGGGAGGGAGGGGCUACUUCUCAAUCGCGUAGCGCGAGAGAUGUAAGCCCCGCCCCUCGAGUACGAUAACUGACAAAUUGCGAGGUCUAUGAUGUAACCGACUUGUUGCAUAAAGUGUCACGCGACCAUUGUUUUAGUAAAAGUUUGACAUUUUCUCUAAAAUAUCACAACAUGUCGGACUGCGUCCUAACCCAAGGCCAGUAUUUUUUUCACCCGAUGCAUCUGAUCUCUCAUACACGGAUUGAAAGUGACCUAGAAAGUAUUACUAAAACUGUAUCGGAAACUUUUUAUAUCUGCGGUCAAAGUUGACCAGGAAAUGCCCGUUAUAAAGACCCUGUUAGAAGUAAGGACCCGAAGGAGAAAUGGUAAAAAAAUGUGGUCGUUACAUGUGAAAAUUAUAUUAAUUUUUAUAUGAAACCUACAGAUGUAACGACAAGGUUCCACUGUAACGUGUCAUUCCAUCACAACACGAAUUUAUAAUAAUCUUAUUCCGUGUUACAUGUUACAAAAUGAAAACAAAAGGUUCGUUCGCGGACUCUGUAAAGGUGAAUUCUGUUCGUUCAGUUUUUGUAACAAUUUUGCUGAAUAAAAAAAUAUUACUACUUUC